CGUCAAGUAGUAGUUAGGAGGGAUAAAUAAGUAACCAAUGAAACGGACAUUGAAGAGACUAGAUCUAGGAAAUAACAUUCACACGCCUGUAGACUCCUUGCAGUUGUUUUGUUUCACCAACAGUGAACAGCAAUUGUGGCUUACAACUGGUAAAGCUCGAAAUAAGAGCUAGAAAUGCCCAUAUUUUAAUUCGGCUGUUAGCUACUGAAAUAUUUCUAAGUGGAUUCGUGCAGACAACUUGAAGUAAGGAUGGCACAGUGGGAGAAACUGAGGCAGCUGCCUGCAGUGUACAGACAGCAGUUGCAUGAGCUCUACGAUAGGGACGCUUUGCCCAUGGAUGUUCGCCACUAUCUGUCAGCCUGGAUAGAGAAGCAGGAGUGGCAACGAGCAGCAAGGGAUCACGACUUGGCUGUGGUGCUGCUCCAGGUCCUGCUGGAGAAUCUGGACAUCCAACACAGCCGCUUUGUCCAGGAGGAGUCCUUCCUGCUGCAGCACAACAUUAGACGCUAUAAACAAAACUUCCAGAGGUAUCUGGAUGACCCGUGUGCUUUGGCAAGCGCAAUCCUGUGGUUUUUGGAAAAAGAAAAAGAAAUCUUAGCCAGUGCUGAGCUGGCUGAACAGGUGCAGUUUUUGCGCGUAGAACAGGAAACCAUGGAAAUAAGCAGCCAGCAAGACCUUGAACGUAAAAUGGCCGGCCUCAGGAAUGAAGUGCAGUGUAUGGAACAUACAAUUGUAUGUUUGGAGGAGCAACAAGAUGAGUUUGAUUUUAAAUACCAAACCCACAAGUUGGAAGCUGUGGUUGAUGAGGCCUCGAAGACAGAAAAAAUCAAAGUUUUUCAGCAACUCCUCAACCGACUGAACGAAUGUAGGAAGAGCACACUCGUAGAGUUAACUAAGCUUCUGGACCGGGCUGAAGAUCUCAUCAAUGUGCUGGUGAAUAAGGAGCUGUUGGAGUGGCAGAGGAGACAGCAGAAAGCUUGCAUUGGCGCUCCAGACAAUGUUGGCCUGGAUGAGCUAGAGAAGUGGUUCACCUGUGUAGCAGUGUGUCUGUUCCAGGUGCGUGAGUUUCUCAGUAAGCUGGAUGAGCUGGUUGGAAAAGUGUCCUACGAAAAUGACCCUGUGAAGGCCAAAAAACCUGCACUGCAGAGGAGAACAGACACUCUUCUGAAAGAAUUACUCAAGAGCUCCUUUGUCGUUGAGACUCAGCCAUCCAUGCCUCAGGGGAAAGGACCUCUGGUUCUCCGCACAAACGUGCAGUUCUCUGUCAAGACCAGACUUCUCGUCAAGUUCCCCGAACUGAAUCACUCUCUGAAGGUAGAUGUGUCCAUCGACAGGGAAGCUCCUCAGAUCAAAGGAUAUCGCCGCUUUAAUGUCUUGGGAAGCAAAACUAAAGCAUUGAACAUGACUGAGAGCCAGAGUGGAGGCAUGGUGGCAGACUUCAGACAUCUGACUCUGAAGGAGCAGAAGUCUGGAGGUGGUGGCAAAGGAUGCAGUGAUAUUUCUUUGAGUGUCACAGAGGAGCUGCACGUCAUCUGCUUUGACACUUUGUUUGAGAUGAAGGGCUUGUCAGUUCAGCUGCAGGCCUCCUCCCUCCCAGUUGUCAUUAUCUCCAACUCGAGCCAACAAAAUAGUGCCUGGGCAUCUAUCCUCUGGUUCAACAUGCUCAGUCAGGAUCCCAAGGAUGUUAUGUUCUUUGCCAACUGUCCAGCUGCCAGUUGGCCACAGUUUGGAGAGAUGUUGAGCUGGCAGUUCCUCUUUUCCACUAAACGUGGCCUAGACCAUGCUCAGCUGCAAAUGAUUGCACACAAGCUCUUCGGAAAGCAGCUAAACUAUGACAACUGCAAAGUCUCGUGGUCAAAAUUUAGCAAGGAAAAUUCUCCAGACACUUUCUGGGUGUGGUUUGAUGGCAUCUUGGUGAUGGUGAAAACAUACCUUGAAGACCUGUGGAGAGAUGGCCUCAUCAUGGGUUUUGUGACCAAAGGCAAAGAGAAGUCUCUCCUGAAGAAAAAACAGAGAGGUACAUUCUUGUUGCGUUUCAGUGAAAGUGUGAUUGGAGGAAUCACCUUCUCUUGGGUGGAAUACACCAUAACUGGUGAACCUGAUGUAAAGACGGUCCAACCGUUCACCAAAGUCGACCUUACGCAGAUCCCCUUCCAUGAAAUCAUCAGGAAUUUCCAGAUCUUAGAAGCUGAAAAUGUACCAGAGAAUCCUCUGCUUUACUUGUAUCCCAACACCCCUAAAGAUGAGGCAUUUGGAAAAUACUACCUGGAGAAAAGUGGAGAUGACAGUCCUUACAUAAAGUACAUCAAAACCAAACUGGUGUUUGUUUCAAAGGAGAACACUCUGGAGGCUAGGUCACCCAUGUCCUCUGACAUGACACAGGGUGAAUGCCUGGAGUCAUUGAGUGGCCUGUGUGGAGAGGCAGCUGAACAAGAUGGGGAUCCUCGUCUUCUGACCUUACCUCUGGAGAAUUGUGACUCUGAUCCCAUGCUGACUAGCUGUGCUCCAGCCCCAAUGGAGGAUUUACUGAUGUAUCUCAACAACCCUGACAAUUUUGACUGCAACAUCCCGCAAGAUCAAGUGCUGGCUGAUAUGAGUCAAUUCUCAGUGAAUCCGUUUACCUGUCUGACCCCGCAGUCCUGUGGAAGCAACUUCUCAUAGGGCUCCAUCUGUAUUAAAUCAAACUACUGUUUUGUUUGUCACUCACUCAGCUUUAGUCUUAGCUACACAUGUUGCAACAUCCACGUUGAGCCAUCUCAGUGCACAUAUGGCAGUUUCAGCGAAUUCAGCAUUUAACAUGCAAGUUUUAAUUGUGUUUUUAUGUACUUGACACCCCAUUGAUGAUCCUGAUGUAUCUGUAUUUAAAGAUAGCCUGAUCAGCACUUGCACCUUGAUGUCCACCUUUAAAUCAUUAGAACUGAAGUUUUUAUUAUAAUUCUUCAAAUCAUGUUAACUCUUGUAAGUAAGUAUUAGAUAUUUGAAUGAGCUGGACUCAUCCACUCCAAUUUUGCAUUUUUCGACUAACAUCUAGAAAAAAGAAAAACUAGAUUGGUGGUCAAGAUUAGUGUGGGGUGUUGUGGAGCAUUUAAAAUCAAACUGUAACAUUGACCAGUGAAAAGGAAUUAACCAUUUGUUAUUCCAUUCAAAAAGUUGUAAAUGAACAUAAUGUGUGUUUUUUUUUUUCUUUUUUGCAUCAUCAACUACAAGAACCCUGUUAUAAUGGAAGUGUGGAAUCUGCAAUCAAACAUCUUAACAAUAAAUGACUAAUUCUUUCAAA